GACAAGUGCUCCUGACUAGGGGAGGGCUGGCAGGAGGAUUUCCCUUCGGGUUCGCAGCGUCCCCGUGUCUGCUGUCUGCUGCGGAAGGGCUUUGUGCUGGAGCAUGGGGAGCAGAGCUCACAGGUGACCUCUAACUGGAUCAGCCUCGCUUGCUUUAAAUGUCUGUCCCUCUCCUCGGGCUCAGGUGUUUGGUGACAGGCUGGAAAGUCAUGGUAGGUAGGUGCUGCUGGCAGCUGAGGGUGCCAUCUGCUCUGGAAAACAGGGAGGGAGGAAAACUGGUGGACUCUGAAUAGCCUUGGGAAGACCAAGCGGGGAUCUUCUCCAUGCUGUAAGACCCUUUGGAAAUUCAUCUGAACAUCCGAUUUCUUGGAGUUUCUCAUCACCUCUGAGAUCAAACCCCAUCCCCUUCCUCAUCCGAGGGCCACCACAGCCACGCUGGGCCACCUGCUCAGAGGGCAGCUCCUCCACCCGCUCGCCGUGGGGGCUCGCAGACCUGUGCCAGUGCUACCGAGGGACCCUUUCCAGCGAGCACUUUUAAUUUUUCCUCCUUCACUCAGCUCUGCAGCGUCACAUGAAAUACACGUUCAGCUGCCCUGAGCUGUGACCUGCGCUUGGCUCAGGGAGACAGGACUUAGCACCCUCCAGACCUGAGGGCUGGCUGGAGCACGCUGUGGACUGUCCAAGUUGGUGGUGGCUGAGCUCCUCCUGGCCUGCGCUGGGUCCCUGUGGCCGCGCUCCCUCCUGGGGCUGAGGGCUGGAGCAGCGCUCGGGGCAGCGGGCACAGCUGGGGUGUAGCAUGCACGAGCGUGCGGAGGGACGCAGGGACACCGGCGGCAGCCAUGGCUUCGUUUGGGAAGCUGACGGAGUAUUUCAGCCUGAGGAAGUCGCGGCCGGAGCUGCGCUCCAGGCGCUGGGGCCGGCGGAGCGGGAGCUGCUGCUGUAGUGUCACCGAGUGCAGGUCCCUGGACAGGAAGCUGCAGCGGCCGCUCCUGGGCAAGUCGCGGACGCUGCCCAGCAUCCCGCAGUCCCCGGUGCUGAGCCGGCUGCCCCUGCUCGAGCCCGCCGCCUACCGGGACGAGAUGCCGGAGCAGAAGCCCUUCCAGAAGCACUCGGCCUCCGAGCACCAGAAAGGCUGCACGGUGCCUUCUGCCGGGGAGGCCUGGCGGCUGGAGGAUGACUGCUCGGAGCCGCCCAGGGCCCCCCAGCUGGGCACGGCCGUGGAGGACGCCCCGUUCAGCUACUUCCGCACGCGCUCCUUCUACAUGAGGAAGAGCCUGUCCGUGGACAACCACCUGGGCUCGCUGAGCUACGCCGUGCACCCGGCCGAGAGCAAGGCCGAGCGCGUCAGGACCAAGCUGCGGCGGCAGUUCAGCCUGGGGUCGGCAGACAAGAAGGACUUUUACCAGCCAAAGUCGGAGAGCAGCCUCGCUAGGUUUGCCCACCGCUUGUCGGUGAAGCAGAAGCAGGAGAAGAGAAGGAAAGCUGAGUAUGGCUCGGCCGAGCUGUCUGCCUUCCGGCCCAGGUCUCUGAGCAUUGAAUGGUCAUCCUCCCCUAAAAUGACCCAGCAGAUGCGGGACCUGCAGCUGGCGCAGGCCAGGAAGCCACCAGGCCCUUCCUCACCAAACGCAGCCAAGAGGCUCUACCGAAACCUGUCCGGGAAAUUCCGCGUCAACUACACCUCCUUCGACGAGGGCAGCCUGGUGGGACGGGGCGAGAAGGAGAAGCUCCGCAAGUCCUACCUGUUCCAGAGCAAUGCUGCGCUCUUUGAGGCUGUGGAACUGCAGGAUCUUGACAGGGUGCAGGAGAUGCUGAAGCACUACAGCCCUGAGGAGCUGGACCUCAACACCCCCAACAGCGAGGGGCUCCUGCCCCUGGACAUCGCCAUCAUGACCAACAAUGCUCCCAUCGCCAGGGCCCUGCUGCAGGCGGGAGCGAAGGAGAGCCCACACUUCGUGAGCCUGGAGAGCCGCUCGCUGCACCUGUCCACGCUGGUGCGGGAGGCGGAGCAGCGCGUCAACGAGCUGAUGGCGCAGGUGGUGAACGAGGCGCCCCACGCCGACUGCUCCGAGAAGGAGAAGCAGCUCAAGGCCUGGGAGUGGCGGUUCCGGCUGUACAAGCGCAUGAAGGCAGGGUUUGAGCAUGCCCGAGUGCCAGAUGCCCCCAGCAGCGUCCACCUCUCUGUGGCCAGCAGCACCUCACUGCAGGUGACCUUCUGGGAGCCCCUGAGUGUCAACUCAGCCGUUGUCACCAAGUACAAAGUGGAGUGGAGCUGCUCCCCCACCUUCUCACCACUGCUGGGAGAAGCUGUGAUUGACAAGCUGAAGGACCUGCACUUCACCAUCCAGGGGCUGGUGUCGGGCACGGCGUACCACGUCCGCGUGUCUGCCUACAACAUGAAGGGCUGGGGUCCCCCGCAAGCCUCCACGCCCCCCUUCGCCAUCCCCUCCAACUGGCGCGAGUACGACGGGCGGGCGCCGCGGCGGCGGGGCCAGGCCGAGGCCCUGGACCAUCUCCUGGGCCAGGUGAAGACCGUCCACCAGCACUGCAUCUGCCACGAGCCCUGCAAGAACCAGCCCCAGAGCAGAAAGCAUUCAGUCUCCAAGAGCCUCAAGCACCUCUUCCACCCUGGCAGCAAGUUUCUCAAGACACUGAAGCGGGGCCUCUACCUGACAGCCAUCUUCUACAAGGAUGACAACAUCCUGGUGACCCACGAGGACCAGAUCCCUGUGGUGGAGAUUGAUGACACCUACUCCUGCCUGCUCAUGCAGGAUUUCCUCUGGCUCACCAAGGUGUCGUGCAUGUGGGACGAGAUCCUGUGGCUGCGGCAGUGCGUCACCGUGUCCCAGUCCUCCUGCUCCUGCAUCCUGCAGACACGCUUCAAGAUGCUGCUGGCCAUCUCACAGAUGCAGGGGCUGCUGGGCAUCCAGGACCUGGGGCAGGUCUUCUUUGAGCCCAUCAAAGACAAACAGGGCAACAUCCUCAUCGUCACCCUGAAGGAGGUGAAGACCAACCAGACCUUCGAGAGCGUCCGCUGGGUGCCCAUCUGCAAGCUGCAGAGCGGCCGCAAGUCCGUGUCCUCCCCCGAGGAGCCCACGGCCCUGGACACGCUGCUCAUCUCCCUGCAGGACAAGCUGGCUUAUCACCAGCGGAGCAGCCAUGCCCUCUCCCCGGGGCUCUACCUGGGCUACUUGAAGCUGUGCAGUGCCGUGGAUCAGAUCCGAGUGCUGGUGCCAGAGCAGCUCCCCAACAUCCUGUGCCACGUCAAGAUCCGCUCCAACCCCAACAUCUCCAGGGAGGAGUGGGAGUGGCUGCAGAAGAUGGCCAGCGUGGAGGAGCCUGUUCCCACAGAGCCAGAGACUGACAGGUCCCAGAACCCCUUGUUUCAGGAGCUCCAAGUGGCCAUCAAGGAGCUGAUGACCCUGGUGAACAUCCCACUGCAAGAGGCCAAAGACUUCCGUCUGUACAGCCAGGAGGUGCUGGACUUUGGGGAUCAGGUCUCCUUCCUGCUGCUGCUGCCUCCAUCAGACGACGUCUGCAUCGCUCCAGGCCAGAACAACCCCUACACCCCUCGCUCUGGCUUCCUCACGCUGCCGCUGCAGAUCUUUGAGCUGGUCCACUUCUUCACGUACAGCCGGGAGUUCAUCACACAGUACUGCCAGGUGUCCGCCCUGCUGGAGCUGGAGUCCCUCCUGUCCCAGCAGAGCCUCAGGGAGGCUUUCUCCGAUGCUGAGCUCGCCACUGCCAAGCAGAGGCACCAGCAGGUUCAGGACUACAUCCAGCAAAUGGAAGAGAUCUGGCGAGAGAUGCGCUGGAUCAUGGAUGUCCUGCAGCACGCCCGCUACAAGCAGCCCUCCUGUGGGAUCUCUCUCAGUGGCUUCCUCAGCGAGGCCGGGGGGCCAGCGAAGGAGAAAACCCGAUCCUCCUCAUCCCACCUGGACUACCUUCCGUCCCCAGUGCUGUCACCAGAGACCAGCCGCAAGCUCAACUCCGACUCGCACGGCCUGUCGGACGAGGAGGGCUCCUCGGAGGUGUUCCUGGCCACCGACAGCGACUACGACUCGAGCCGGGCGCAGAGCCCGAAGGAGCUGGACCUGGUGUGCUCCACCUCAGGGCCCGAGUGCUGCGGCCGGAGGGGGGCCCGCACCCUGCGGGACAGCGCCCCGGACGUCCUGCAGAGCCACGAGCUCCAGACCGCCCCCGCAGGGCCGCCCCCGCCCGAGGAGCCCCGGCCGCCGGCCAAGCUCUACGACAGUGACUUUGUGCUGCCCAGCCGGCAGAUCGAGCUGCUGCGCAUCACCGAGAAGCGACAGGCCUACUGCGUCCGGACCAGCAGCCUGGACUUCCCCAAGCCGCACUGCCCUGCCCCGAGGAAGUCGUGCCCCGGCUCCGUGGACAGCUCCCCGGCCGAGAGCAGGAGCGCGGGCCCGGGCGGGCAGCUCCGGCUGCGGCCUGGCUCCACACCCAGCCCCGAGCGCCGCCGGGGCCGCCGGGGCUCCCAUGAGUGGACUCAGGACUUGCCGGAGCAGCAGCCAGAGCAGCCCGGGGGCUUGGCCGAGCAAGGGAAGAAGCCGGGCUCUGUCACCUUGAGGGUGUGCCCUCAGUACGAAACGGGACUCUCCAAAGACACCAGUGUUAAGCUGCACAUCACCAGCCAGACGCCUGCCAGCGAGGUGGUGAAGCUGGUGGUGCUGGAGAUGAACGGCCUCGCGCGGGACGUGCUGGGCGCCGCCGCCGCCGUCUGCUACGGCGAGGAGCAGCUGGAGCACUUCGGGCUGGUGUUCGCUGCCAGCGAGGGCGAGCGGUGGCUCCCCGAUGACUUCUUGCCCCUGUCCCUCCACACGAGCCAGCCCGAGGGGCGGUUCCUGGUGCGCAUCAAGGAGACGUCCCCGCUGGUGCUCCAGUACGGGCCGGCGACCACCGUAUGAGAGAGGAGAGCGGCGGGACGGAGCGGAGACCUCGGCUUCCAGAGCAGACAGCUCGUCUCUGAUGCUUCCUUCUUCCACAGACACCCUCUCAUCAGGCGUCCGCGGGGUGGAAUGGGAUCAUACUGGGUUGUGUGUUCUUUGUUUGUGCUAUUUUUUAAUUUUUUUUUUUUUUUUUUUAACCAAAGAGACAUCGAGACUCAGUUUUUCUGACUGGAGAAGAAGAGGGUGGAGUCCAGAGACCUCAGAGCUCAGGAGGAAUCUCUGCAGGAAUGGAAUUUUUGAAAGUAAACAUUUUUAAGGAGAAACGGGGGGAGGGGGGAGAGAGAGAGGAAAAAUAUUACAAGAAGAAGCAGCAAUACUUUUUUUUCCCCCUUUUUUUUCUGAAAAACCUUGUUUGGGAUUCACUGAAGGCAAAGCCACAGAGGAUUGCUGGGGAGAGCUGUGGUGUCAGUGAGGAGAGGGCAGGAGCCACAAGGACAGCCCUGGGAAGGACAUUUUCCUAUCUACCCUCCUUUCACUGCACCUGGAGAAAUGAUUCUUGCACAAAGUUCUUGGAACAAAAUUAUAUUCGUAUUUUUAUUCUGAAAAAAGUCAAUAAUCGUUGUGCCAGAGCCACUGGAGCUGGGUAAAGGUGAAUACCCUUUGCCUUGUGUCCAAGACUAAAGGAACACAUGCAGCCAGCCCCUGCACUCACAGACGUGUCAAUACCACACUAGAGAUUUGCUGUAGAGCAUCUCCUGCAACCCCCUGGGCUUCCCUGUCCCCCUGGGUGCCGUUCUGUUCUGGUGAUUGUGCUUCUCUAGUCCGUCCUACAGCAUGACAUUUUGUUAGCCACUAGGUCUCCUGUUAACAAGAUUACUUUUCUGAUCUCCUGUGGUCCAUAGUAAAGAAGACUGCUGCUGA